GCUCUCUCGCUCUCGAUGGAUAAGCGUUCGAGAUAACACCAAAUCUCUCUCUCUCUUUCUCUCUCUCUCUCCUAACGUAGGAGAGAAAGGAUCGCCUCGCAAGGUACAAAUUUUUACCCUAAUCGAACUUUGGGAGCUUUUUGAAGCAUUACUAUAUCGAUUUCUCUCUCAAAGGAUACCUUUGUGCCCGAGAUUCGAUGGGUUGAGGUGAAAAGGCGACUCCUUUGUUCUCCAAUUUUUGAUUUGAUUCAAAUUGAUGCGGAUUUUGGUGUAGUAAAUCGACAUGGCUCUUUUCUCUUUGAUCUCUGCUAAUGGCGUAGUGAUUCCUCGUAGCUCUCGCUUAAAUGGUGUAGUAAACGCUUUUCCUAGCUUUGGGAGGAGUAGAAUCCUCUCUUCUUCGUCUCAUCUCUCUUGCCCUAGUUCAAAGCUUCCACCUUUGGUGGGUUUUUGUUGUAGAAACCGAUACAGUGUUAGGAAGCAAUGUUGUAGGGUAGUUGUAGCAGAGAUUGAUAGGGGUGGGAAGGAGAAACAUACCCAUUUGGGGAUUCAGGGGAAACCCAGUUCGCGGAAACGACGGUUUUCGCUUAGGUUGAGACCGCGGCUUCGGAUUCUUUAUUAUAGAUGGAGAAGAGUGUCCAUUAGUGGGCUUAUUGAGGAUGCUCAGACUACGCUGAGGGGAAUUGGGAGAAAGAUUAGUCCUGCCACGUUGAUUCCUUUUGCUUUGGGAUUGUUUUUCUUGGUAUUGAAGUCCACUUCGAAGAAUCCUUCAAAAGAGGUUCCCUAUUCGGAUUUGGUAUUGAAUCUUCAAAGAGGACAGGUAUCUUCAGUUCUUUUUGAGGAGGACUCUCGCCGUAUAUACUUCAACGGAUAUUCUAAUGAGGAGGAUGGUUCAAAGUCGACGGUUGAGAGUGAAAAUGGUAAAGUUUCCACUUUGAGGACAAGUUCAAAACCGAAGUGGCGGUACUACGCGAGAAAGAUCGACCAUGACGAGAACUUCCUACUUGGUUUGAUGAGAGAGAAAGGAAUCACUUAUGGGUCCGCUCCUCAAUCUGGAUCGAAAUUAUUGAUGAGCAUCGUGACCACACUGCUUACUUUGUGGAUUUCUUUAGUUCCUUUAGUAUGGUUUCUUCAGCGCCAGCUUUAUGCAGGGAAUAAUGCAGCGAGAAAGCGGCGUCCUAGUAAGCAAAUGGUCAGUUUUGAUGAUGUGGAGGGUGUUGAUGCUGCCAAGGAGGAGCUUGUGGAGAUUGUAAGUUGCUUGCAAGGAUCGAUAAACUACAAGAAGCUGGGAGCAACAUUGCCAAGGGGCGUGCUUCUUGUGGGCCCUCCAGGAACUGGAAAAACUUUACUAGCUCGUGCAGUGGCAGGAGAAGCUGGGAUUCCUUUCUUCUCCAUUUCUGCUAGUGAAUUUGUUGAAGUCUUUGUUGGAAGAGGAGCGGCACGUGUGAGAGAGCUUUUUAGAGAGGCGAAAGAAUUCGCACCAUCGAUUAUCUUCAUUGAUGAGCUUGAUGCGGUGGGAGGGAAGCGUGGUAGAAGCUUUAAUGAUGAGAGAGAUCAAACCCUUAACCAGUUACUCACUGAAAUGGAUGGGUUUGAGUCUGAGGCGAAAGUGAUUGUUAUCGGGGCGACCAAUAGACCAGAGGCAUUAGAUUCUGCUCUCUGUCGACCAGGUCGGUUUUCAAGAAAGGUUUUAGUUGGAGAGCCUGAUCAAGAAGGGCGUAAAAAGAUUCUAAGUGUUCAUCUAAGAAGAGUUCCUUUGGAGGAGGAGCCUGAGAUAAUUUGCAAUUUAAUUGCUUCUCUCACCCCAGGAUUUGUAGGGGCCGAUCUUGCCAACAUUGUCAAUGAGGCUGCUCUUCUUGCUGCUCGAAGGGGUGGUAAGACGGUGACCCGCGAAGACAUUAUGGAUGCAAUCGAACGGGAGAAGUUUGGGGUUAAUGGCCGACCAUUAGGUCCUAAAGCUGAAAGCAAAGGCCUUGCGGAACUAUUUCCAUGGUUUCCUACUUUUGCAGGAAGAAAUGGCGGAAAAGGAGAUGGUUUGCAAGGUCUUAUGGGCUACCAUACUUUAAGCUGACAAGAGGCUUGGUGAGGUAGGAUGCGGAUUUACUACGAAAGACCAACCUUGAGAAAUGCAGUAUCAAAUUUCACAGGAAUAUUUACUGAAACACUAAAAUUGAAGGUUCUCCGGGUAUCAGUAAAUACGGUCCUUGGAACAGCAGAUUAAGUUGAUUCGAGCAAAAGCCUUCUCAUCGAGGUGUCUAAUAAAAACAAAUGAAGACAAUGUGACAACUGGAGAAGCUGACUACAAGGAGAAGUUCAGAACAAGCUUGAAGAUCAGAAGCAAACCUGUGCAAAUUGUUUUGACUACUUUUUAGUUCUCGAAAGAGAAGUCUGAGACUCUUGAGUAUGAUAAUUUGAUUGAGUCAUAUUUUUCUGUCAUUUGUAACUCAAACCCUGGCUGCUGUCUAAAUUGCAGCUACAAUGUGUCCUUGGGAUUGGCUUGUAAUGUUGGAUAUAUUUAACCCUAGGCUUUAACUAUAGCUCAUUUUGAAAUAGUUUGAAAUAUAUAAACCUUUCAUGAGCUCUAGCUCAUGUUGGAUAUCCUGAA